AUGUCCCUGGACCACCUGGGGACCUGUGGCCUUGGUCCCUGGAACCGGGCAGCUCCGCUGAGUCUCCCUGACAUGAAGUGGCUUUGGGUGGUGGCUUUUGUGGCACCUACCUGCACCAUUCCCUACAACGGCACAGCGGGCAGCACUGGGGACGGAGGCCACUGCACCCUGCAGCACGGCACCCUGGGCACCGAGGUGCUGCUACGGUGCCCGGCCGCAGCGGAGGGGCCGGCUGAGUGGCGCCGGGGGGGGACUGUCCUGGGAACGUAUCCUGCACCGGGGCUGGCCCUCCCCAACGCCAGCCUGGUGCACGAGGGCCGCUACAGCUGCCACCACCCUGGCACCGGCGAGACCUGGGCCACCAUCUGCCUGCGGCUGGGCUAUCCCCCUGCACUGCCUGCUGUCGAGUGCUGGGCCAUCAGCUAUCCGCAGGCAGUGAACUGCUCCUGGGUCCUGACCCCCGAGCCGCUGCUGGACACUGACUUCGUGGCCACGUACAGGCACGGCGUGUGGGGGGCCACAGAGACGGGCGAGUGCGUCCGUACGGGGCCACGGAGCUGCUCCUUCGGGGACGUGCAGAUGUUCUCCCUCACCCCCUAUGUGGUGAACGUAACGGCCGUGAACCCCCUGGGCACUGCCUCCAGACUCCUGCCUUUCCUCCUGGAGAACGUCAUAAAGCCAGACCCCCCCGAAGACCUGCGGGUCUCACCCAUCCCUGGGGAGACCAAGAAGCUGCUGCUGGAGUGGAGCCCACCAGGGUCUUGGCCCUUCCCGGAGUACUUCCCGCUGAAGUAUUGCAUCCGCUAUGCCCGGGGGGAGAGCUCUGUCACCAAAACGAUCGGGCCAUAUGAACAGACAUCUUACACCCUGACGGGAGUGCGACCCGGGACCCUCCACCGCAUCCAGGUGGCCGCCAAGGACUUCACGGACUCUGGGGAGUUCAGCGCCUGGAGCCUGCCGGCCUCAGGGAUGCCCUGGAUGGAGCCAUGA